CUUCCGGCCGGACGCUUUAGGAAAGGUCUCCGGCCGGAAGUGCCUGGGGAACCACGUGGGUGGAGGCGGCAUGUCGGCUUCGCUCCUGCGCAAGGGCCUGGAGCUCCUCGGGGAGCCAGCGGGCUCCAGGGCCGAGCCGGGCCAAGGCCCCCAGAACCGGACCCGGAGGAAGCGUUCGUCCCGGAAGAACCAAGCCACGGUCAAGGGGAAGGUCACCAAGUCGGCUCUGGGAACACCCGAUCCUUUCCCCACUCCAGAGGAGUUCCAGAAGCGGCAGAGGCAGGACCACCUGGAGGAGAACCUGAGGUUGAUGAAAAAGAAGCGAGUGACCGCUGACCCGAAGGUCACCGUGAAGAUCCUUCUCCAAAACCGAGGCAGGAAAGCCAGGGACCGACCGGCCACCAAGCCGAAGACGGAGAAGCCCCAGGGCACAGUGUUCACCGAGGAAGAUUUCCGCAAGUUCCAGGAGGAAUAUUUUGGGAAUCCUGGAACCAAGUGAUAGAGAGGGAGGAGGCCUGCGUCUGGCCUGGGUGAGGGCUCAGCCCUUGGGCACGAGGAGAGUGCAUGGGGCAGGGUGGGACAAGUCUCCCUGUUCAGAGCAGGACAAGCCCAGGGCCCAGUGACUGAGAGAGCUCCGUGGAUGUUCAGAGACAAUAAGGAGGGAAUAGUCCCCACCUGCUCCCAGCUUUGGGAGUCCCUCAUCCUCAUCCUGCACCACCAGAUGGGCUGCUAUUCGAGACUCAACCACCAGGUGGUGUUGCUACUGCUCCUUGGGAUAGGGAUGGGGAUGGGGAAGGGGGCCCCUGGGGACUAGAGGCCUAACACAGAUCUUUUUAGAAAUAAAAAUGAAAAUUCCCCGCCCUGUGUGGAAUUAUGGGGACCCUAGGGCUCCCCGUGAUGGGGCACACCUUCCAACCCUGGCCAUACCCCAAGUGACAGUAACUGAACCCAAGGACGGGUUCAGGGGCUCACAACCCUGGAUGUUGUUCUGCAAGUCAGGGAGUCCUGGGCUCUUAGAACCAGGAGGAACCUGGAGACCAACCUCGGUACAAAUGAGGAAACUAAGGCUCUGAGAGAAGGGUCACAAUGCCGGUUAUGGCGGAGCUGGAAUGAUGGCUGAGUGACACUGCUGCCUUUCACUGGCUACCAAAGGGCAAAACAUGUGCUCCUCUCUGGCAGCCAGUCUUCAGUUCAAAAGGCACUGACUGUGCGCCCAGAGCAGCACCUCAUAGGUGCUUGGGGACACACUAAACCGAAGCAGACCUGCUCUCUAGAAGCUGAUGUUUUAUUGGGGGAGUACCUGGGCACAGAGGCAUAAACAAAAAGGAGCUCAUCUUGCAUUCCCUCAAGGGCUGAUAGGGCUAAUCCUGGGUUAGGAAGAAAGGGAUUGAAGGGAGACCUACAAGGUUGGGUGGCGGUGGGUCCUCUCCCUGCUCCCCCUUUCUUGGCAUCAGAUGAACAGAAGUGCAUUUGCAGAGUGGAAUGGGGGAACCAAGAGGAAUCUUGACAUCCCCAGCUCCCUCACUUGACACAAAGGAACGGUGGCACAGGUGGGCAGUGGUGGAGAAACAACAUCUGGUCCUGUCCUGUUCCCGGUGGGGACAGGGCCUCCCACACACUGGAGUGAGUCCUCUCCUCACAGGGUUGGUUACCGAUGCUUCACAGAGGGGCCUAAGGGCGACCCGUGCCCAAAGGCCACCCCGUUAUCUCCAGCCUCCAUCUAAGAUCUUGGCAUGAGAGGAUCACCCCGUUCCACUUCGGGAAUAGCUGUCAGGCACUUACAUGUCUCCCCCGGUAGGGAGAGCCGGGACCGCCAAGGUUUUCCUGCACUUGGCAGAUGGGAAGCACUCAAUGUUUAUGUUCAUUCAUCCCAUUCCUGACAUGAAGCUGAGGGGCCUCCCUGCGGUUUCCUCCCACUGCCCCUUCCCCAGGGUUUGUGGCCAUUUUUUUUUUCUUUAGUGAGGCAAUUGGGCCUAAGUGACUUGCCCAAGGUCACACAGCUAGUAAGUGUUAAGUGUCUGAGGCCGGAUUUGAACUCAGCUACUCCUGACUCCCGGGCCAGUUCUCUAUCCACUGUGCCACCUAGCUGCCCCGUGGCCAUUUUGCUAAAUGUUUUGUCUUCUCUUUUUUGUUCCAUAUUACUAGAGAUAGCUCAGUGGGGAGGGGAUGGCCAACACCUACUCUGGGAAGUGAAAUGUUAAAAGCAAUACAGAUUUAAAAUUAAUUCAAAAUAAAUGU